AUGCAGAACGAUCCACUGGUGAAGGUAGACGUUGAUGAAACGGAAGAUACCGAAUGGAAUGACAUCUUGAGAGCGCAUGGCGUUAUCCCACAACGAGCACCGUCGCCAACGGCACAGCUUGAAGAGGCACUUGAAGAGGCGCUCCAAAAGCAACAAGAAAACCGACUAGAGGGAAAGGACCUAUCGGACCUCGAAGAGCUGGAAGAUGAUGAGGAUGAAGAGUUUUUGGAGUUGUACAAAAGGCAAAGAAUGGCAGAAAUCAAAAAAUUGCAUGAAAAAGCGAAGUUUGGCCAGGUAUUUCAUAUCAACAAGCCCGAAUACAGCAAAGAAAUCACAGAAUGCAGUAUGGGCCCAAAGGGUGAUGAGAACAAUGGCGUCUACGUCUUUGUUCACAUGUCUUCAAGCAGCAAACUACAAAGUAGGCUGUUGGCCGAUAUUUUCAACCAGGCAGCCGUAAAAUUUCCACAGAUCAAAUUUGUGGACAUCCCAGCAAAUAGAGCUGUUGAAAACUAUCCUGAAAGUAACUGUCCCACGCUGAUUGUGUACUACCGUGGUGAGGUUCUCAGAAAUCUUGUGACACUUCUUGAAUUAGGUGGUAACGAUACCAAGUUAGAUGACUUGGAGAAAUUGAUGGUGAAGGUUGGUGCUUUGGAUGAAAAAGAUGAUCGAUUGGUUAUGAACCUCGAUGACGAAGAGGCCAGGGAAGACCGCUUCAACCAGUACACUAAGAAAGGCAUCAAGUCCGGCAUCAAAGGCAAAUUCAACAUUGGCGUCGGGAGCGGCAGUGAAGAUGAGGAUUUUUUUGAUUAA